AUGACUACUGGAGAGGUUCAUAAACGGGAUGAAGAGUCCAGCUCAAAUGAUAAACCUGAGGUUAAAAAAAUAAAAUUAGGGGAUUAUAAACCAAACUUGAGAAGUUCACUUGUUUCAGAUAUGAAAUCACACAAUUCUGAGUCAGACCACAGUAAUAAAGAAGAGGAUAAUGAUAAAGAGAAUAAAGAAGAAGAUAAAGAAGAAAAAGAGAAAGAAAAAGAAGACGACGAUGAUGAUGAUAAUGAUGAUGAUGAUGAUGAUGAUGCUGACGACGAUGAUGCUGAAGAAAACAAUACUGUUGACCUUGACGUAAAAAAUACGGUGGUCGAAGAUGAAGAGAAAGGGUUAGUAAAAUUUGAAUUCGAUGGUGUUGAAUAUAAAUUUAAAGAAAGAGCAAGUGUUAUAGAGGAGAAGGAAGGAAAGAUAGAGUUUAGAGUGGUGAAUAAUGAUAAUACUAAGGAGAAUUUAAUGGUUCUUACGGGUUUGAAGAAUAUCUUUCAAAAGCAAUUGCCAAAGAUGCCAAAAGAAUAUAUUGCACGUUUAGUGUAUGAUAGAAAUCAUCUCUCUAUGGCUGUAGUAAGGAAACCAUUAACUGUUGUUGGUGGGAUCACAUAUAGACCCUUCAAUGAAAGGGGGUUUGCAGAAAUCGUGUUCUGUGCGAUUAGUUCAACGGAACAAGUGCGUGGUUAUGGUGCUCAUUUGAUGAAUCAUUUAAAGGAUUACGUGAAGAAUACAUCACCAAUUAAAUACUUUUUAACAUAUGCAGAUAAUUAUGCCAUUGGUUACUUCAAGAAACAAGGUUUUACAAAGGAAGUCACAUUAGAUAAAAAAAUAUGGAUGGGUUAUAUUAAGGAUUAUGAAGGUGGUACAUUGAUGCAAUGUUCCAUGCUUCCAAAAAUACGAUAUUUAGAUGCUGCAAAGAUAUUACUAUUACAAGAAGCUGCAUUAAGAAGAAAGAUAAGAACCAUUUCCAAAUCACAUAUAGUGAGGCCUGGUCUCGAGCAAUUUAAUGAUCUUGAUAAUAUUGAACCAAUAGAUCCAAUGACUAUACCAGGGUUAAAAGAAGCUGGUUGGACACCAGAGAUGGAUAAAUUAGCACAACGCCCAAAAAGAGGUCCACAUUAUGCUAUUAUGCAAAACAUUUUAACAGAACUCCAAAAUCAUGCCGCUGCAUGGCCAUUUUUACAACCUGUCAAUAGAGAAGAAGUUCCUGACUACUACGAAUUUAUUAAAGAGCCAAUGGAUUUGAGUACAAUGGAAAUAAAAUUGGAAAAGAAUAGGUAUGAAAAAAUGGAAGAUUUCAUAUAUGAUUUGAGACUAGUCUGUAACAAUUGUAGGAUGUACAAUGGAGAGAAUACUUCUUAUUUCAAAUAUGCUAAUAGAUUAGAGAAAUUCUUUAACGGUAAAAUUAAAGAAAUCCCAGAGUAUUCUCACCUAAUAUAG